CGCGGUUAAUUAGCUUACAAAAAUGACCACUGGCGCUGGCAAUCAAGAUUUACCAUCGCGAUAUGCAGCCAACUUUGCAACGACACUUCACUACGACGCAAAAGACAUCCAAAUAACAAAAAUGGCUGAAAAAAUAAUGGCAACAACACAGCAGGAAAAACCAAAUCAUUACAACUACUUGAAGGAAUUCCGUGUGGAACAGUGUCAGUCCUUCUUGCAGCACAAAUGCAAUCAACAUCGACCAUUCAUAUGCUUCAAUUGGCACUUUAUGAAUCAGAGACGCCGUCGGCCCAUCCGGAAGCGCGAUGGCACAUUCAACUACAGUGCCGAUAAUUACUGUACAAAAUAUGAUGAGACAACGGGCAUCUGUCCAGAUGGUGAUGAUUGCCCAUUUCUGCACAGAACAGCUGGUGACACAGAACGUAGAUAUCACUUGAGAUACUAUAAAACAUGUAUGUGCGUCCACGAUACGGACGCUAGGGGAAAUUGUGUUAAGAAUGGGCAUCACUGUGCCUUUGCCCAUGGGGUACAUGAUCAGAGACCGCCAGUGUAUGAUAUCAAGGAAUUGGAGAGUUUGCAGGCGGCUGAGAAUAAUGGGGAGGGUCUAAAUGGGCCAAAUGCCCUAGAUAAAGAGAGAAAUUUAAUGAAUGAAGAUCCCAAGUGGCAGGAUACAAAUUAUGUGUUGGCCAAUUACAAGACAGAACCAUGCAAGAGACCACCACGUCUCUGCCGUCAGGGCUAUGCAUGUCCACAGUAUCACAAUAGUAAGGACAAGAGACGUAGUCCAAGGAAGUACAAGUACAGAUCAACACCGUGUCCCAAUGUCAAACACGGCGAGGAAUGGGGAGAACCGGCAAAUUGUGAAGCUGGUGAUAAUUGUCAGUACUGCCACACGCGUACAGAACAGCAAUUCCAUCCGGAAAUCUACAAAUCGACAAAAUGCAAUGAUGUCCAACAGGCAGGUUAUUGUCCCAGGAGUGUGUUCUGUGCAUUUGCUCAUGUUGAACCGUACAUUCUCACAGAGGACAUGCAGAAUAGGGAUUUGGAUGGUCCCACGUCAAAUUUAGCACUGGCCGAUAUCAUUUCCAAUGCAUUGCCACAGGAAUGUAAAAAGGACAAGAAUGAUAUGAAUAUAUCAUCACUCCAUAAUGGUAGCGGUGAAAGCAGCGAGUCGGCAAGUACAUCGAGCCUAGGAUCAAAUGGUUCUCACAAUAAGGCCCCGGGAUCGCAAUUGCAUCAGAAAAUGAAUGUAUUUAGUAGCAACUUAAAUAACAAUUGUCAGAAUGUAAAUGCCAAUUCAAGUAUGACUCCAUUCUCGGACUUGGCACCAGAAAUCAAUAAGCAAUUACUAGCGAUAGAGAAUGAUCCAACAUUGGGUCCUCUGGAGAAGGACCAGAGGAAGCGAAUGUGUUUGACAUUUUUAGGAUCGAUGCCAACAAAUGUAUUUUCAGCACCAAACAAUUCCCUCGAGCGCGAUUUACUGUCGAGCCACAUUGAGAAUUCAUUGUCAGCCGGGAUUGCAUCUGUAGGACUUUUGCAAAAUUCAACGGCACCCGUCAAUAUUCCAAAUUCGCCAAUUGGAAAUCCAAUUUCUGGACUUUUUCAAGGAGCAUCAGCUCCAGUUAACAUUCCUGGAAGUUCUUUGGGGAACUUUAGUCCAUCGUCAAAUCGAUCAAAUCUCUUUUCUGUUGGUGAUCCAUUCAGUCAUAUUGGUAGUGGUUCAGCACCAAAAAUUAAUAAUUCCUUUGGUCCUGGCGAUGGAAUUUUCUUUCAAUCGCACUUAAUAUCUCCGGGACUCGGAGAUCCGCUGUCAAUUAGUCCGGAAGUGAAGCUGAGGGAGGAUUUAGCCAAUAAUGGAUCACUCUUUGACAAUGGACUAUCUCACAGCAAUAAGGCAUUUUCGAUGUCACCGUGCCUCAAUGCGGCCGGUCUUACGGAAAUUUCACGUUUGAAAGAUGAAUUAGCUAGCAAAAAUGCCCAAUUGAUCAACUAUGAGGAGCAAAUGAUGCAGAGUAAUAAGGCGUAUGAAGCGUGGAAGAUGGAGAUUGAUGAAAGCAAUAGAAAGAUGUUUUGUGAAAAUUUUAAGCAGACUGCAAUAGCUGAACAGCAGCGAGAUGAAGCUUUGAGUCAUGUCAAAGCACUCAAAGACAAAUUGGACUUACUUAGCGCGCAAAAUGGUUCAACGAUUACAAAUAGCUCCCUUAGGGGGAUGUCUUUACAAAAAUUGAAGACACUUCAGACGAAACUUAAAAAUGAAUUGGAGGAAGUAGAAAAGAUGUUGUAUUUGGAGACAGCGACAAAGUGUAUGAAAUGCGAAGAGAACAAUCGUACAGUCACUCUGGCACCUUGCAAUCAUUAUGUAUUGUGUGAUUCUUGUGCGACAACGGUAAGAGAGUGUCCCUAUUGCCAAACACCAGUUCAGUCGCAGACGUAAGUAAGGCAAAAAAAAGCGUUAAUCAAUAUGGAAGUUAGAUAUGAAAUGAUACAGAUAGUUAUUUAAACAAGAAAUUAAAAAAAAAAACAAUAGGAAUAUAUUGAAUUAAAAAUUAAAGUGAAACACACACUGAUUAAAACAAAUUCUAAUCCCACAUUAAAGUGAAAUAGUAGCAUAACAAAUUUACCAAAAACAAAAAAGAAAAACAAUUCUUUGGAAGAUAUUU